AUGUUAUUCUCAAGAUCCGGUCGAUCAAUAUUUCCCCUUCUGCCACCCUACGCAGCUCACGCCCCGAAUCCGAAUCAGGGGCAUAUCAUCACAUUGCCUCCGGACGGCCUGACACCUUACCUUGGCCUCAGGGCUCGCUUAUCACAAGUAUGGAUCAAUCGAUGGACGAUCCUGCUGCUUCUUGUGCUCAUCAGAGUUUUGCUAGCUGCUUCAGGUCUGCAGGCAGACAUGAGCACAGCGAAACGGGAAGCCCUAUCGGCUUGCACGAGCGUCGAAUCCAUGGGUAGCUCGAUGGCUUCCAUGCCCCAUUAUUUAUCCCAAGGUGUCAACGAGUUAACAGCAACCGGAGUCGAGAAGGCUGUGAGCGGGCUCAAAUCGAUGCUGAUGCUUACCAUCACUGGUGUCGAAGAAUUGGUCCUCUUCAUCAUCAAAGUGCUGUACCAGACUUAUCUGUGUCUUUUCACCCUGGCGGUUAGAGGCAGCGUGCAUGUUGCGGUGGGCGUCAUUGAGGAGGCCGCGGACUUUUUGAAUUCCACUGUUAAGGAGGUCGGAGACGACAUUGGCAAAGCCGUCAGCACGUUCGAAAGUGCAUUCAAUAAAUUCCUUGAUGGUGUGAACACCGUCGCCAGUGCUUUUGGAGCUAGCGUACCAACAUUGGACCUCAACAGCUCGAUCAGCACGUUGGAGAACCUCCAGCUGCCUUCUUCAAUUGAUCAAGGGCUUGACAAGCUCAAUAGCUCACUUCCGACCUUUGAUGAAGUCAACAAUUUCACCCAAACGGUCCUGCGCACGCCGUUUGAAGAGGUCAAAAAGCUCGUCAAUGAGUCUCUCGGAACAUACACUUUCGAUCGAUCUCUGCUACCGGUUCCAGCAAAGGAACAGUUGACAUUCUGCGAGGGUAACAAUGGCAUAGACUCGUUCUUCGACAGCGUGACGGAUUUGGUCAUGACAGCGCGCAAGAUUUUCAUCGCUGUUCUCAUCGUUGCGGCAACGCUGGCCUGCGUCCCAAUGGCAUGGCAGGAGAUCCGUCGCUGGCGCUCGAUGAAGGAACGCUCCCAACUAGUCAGGAAGGAAGCUCACGACCCCAUGGACGUUGUCUACAUCGUGUCUCGGCCGUACACUGCCGCAGCCGGCAUCAAAGCCGCGAGCAGGUUCAGUAACAGCCGCAGGCAGAUCCUUGUACGCUGGGCGGUUGCUUAUGCAACAACGCCUGCAGCGUUGUUCGUGCUCUGUCUCGGAGUAGCCGGACUACUCUCUUGUCUGUGUCAAUAUCUGCUUCUGCAAGCCGUCGAGAAGACCGUGCCCGAGCUAUCGACGCAAGUCGGCGCGUUUGCCGACAAGGUCGUCGACAGCCUACAGAAUGCCUCGGCGGAGUGGGCCAACGACGCCAACGGAGUGAUUGGACACAUGAACCAGGACCUGAACGAGAACGUCUUUGGCUGGGUCAACACCAGCACGACCGCUUUAAACGAUACGCUCAACACCUUCGUCGACAAGACGACCGGCGUCCUCAACGACACCUUCGGCGGAACCCUCCUUUACGAGCCCCUCAUGGACGUAUUCGAGUGUCUCAUUGGACUCAAAGUCCAGGGUAUCCAGAAGGGACUCACCUGGGUCCACGACCACGCGCACAUCGACUUCCCUCUACUUCCAAACGAUACCUUCUCCCGCGGUGCGGCGGCCAGCAUCUCCAGCAAUAGCUCCAAUCCCUCAGACAGCUUCCUCGCUGACGCGGGCGACCAGACCUCAAACAAAAUCACUGAGGUAGUUAUCAGAGUCGUCAACAAGGUCGAAGACGGCAUCCGCACAGAAACAAUCAUCUCCGCGGUCAUCAUCCUCAUUUGGGUAUUCAUCGCGCUCAUCGGCAUCAUCCGAGCCCUGAGCCUGUUCUGGGUCCGAGACCGAAACCGCGGCGAAGGGGGAGGAGCCCGGGUCAACCACCACGCGUCAGACGCCGGAGGAUUCAUCGACGUACCCUUGACGGCUAUUCCAAACACAAACACAAACACAGACGCUCGCUCGAUGCCUGCUCCGGCCCCGGCUCCUCAGUAUGAGGCUUCCACAAGCACCGUGGUGGCUUCACGUGCUGUUCCCGUGAGCAGUAAUCACCAUGAGGAUGAGAAACUGGGGUUUGCCGGGGAGAGACAAUAUGGGUCUGCGCUCAAGGUGGACGGCGCUGCGGACCUGCGGGGCAGCAGCUACGUCGAGUAUGGCAUGGAGAAGCGCUAG